AUGUCUGACUACAUUGUGAAGAUCGAGGGAACUGGUCCCGAGGAGUCCGUGGCGACCCCUGAGAAGUCCAGGUAGCUAUCUUUAAAGCAGACAGACAAGACAGACUGACAGAUCUAAAAUAGAUCUAGAUAGAUGCUCAACAACCACUGACAACCAUUAAAUAGACUCAACAACCACUUACGACCACUAAAUAGACUCAACAACCAAAUCUCAAUGGUUAACUCAGACGUGCUGUGGCCCACAGGGACCCGUCUCCUGAGCCUGCUGUCCUGCCCGUGACAGAUAUGUCCUUCCUUGGAGCAAUGGAAGACACGGUGAAAAAUUACAAUUGAAAUUGUCGAAGAAAUCUUGAGCAUAAUUGUUCUUCUUCUAAUCUUCUGGUUCUAGUUAAAAGCAUAAAACAUUAUAUCAAUCUAUAAUCUACAAUAGGUUAUCUAGUACCAUUAGUCAAGCAAGCUACUAAUCAAUUGAUUUUACACUCACAGAAUGAGAUGCCUAGCUCGCUGGAACAAGCGAUGGACACUCAAACACAAGAAAAUGGUGAACAAGUGGAAGCGACUGAAAGUCAGAGGAAGAGACUAAAGGUAACAAUCAUGCCUUCAAAAGCCAAGGGGACUCUCGUCAAAAGCCAAGGGGACUCUCGUCAAAAGCCAAGGGGACUCUCGUCAAAAGCCAAGGGGACUCUCGUCAAAAGCUUUUAAAUCUUGCUCUUUAACUCAGUGUAUUGCUGCAUUUCAUCAUCUACUGCAUCAACUCAUUGUGCUAUCAAAUGUUAUGAUUGCUGCCUUGCUAAAUGUUAUGAUUGCUGCCUUGCCAAAUGUUAUAAUUGCUGCCUUGCUAAAUGUUAUGUUUGCUGCCUUGCUAAAUGUUAUGAUUGCUGCCUUGCUAAAUGAGUAUAUUUGACACGGCUUACAAUUGUCUCCAAACAGGGAAACCUAGGUUUGUCCUCUGCUGGGUGCUCACUUGGAUUUAUGCCAAGCUUUGACUCAGGUCAGUGUUUAGUCUUUACUUGAUUACUUUAUUGUAUCAUUAUGAUAAGACCAGCAAUGUCCAAUGUGUAAGAUAAGUGUCAGACAUUUGAUCUCCUGUAUUUUCUCUAGUGUCCCUUACAUCUACGGUAAACACGGGUAACAACUCAGGGGAGAGUCUUGAGCAGCUGCAGUACCAAGGGGUCCUGAGGAUGGAUACAUGUGAUGAGGUGGAGGUCAAGGUGCCAGUAGAUAAUGACACCCUGACGACCACAGUCGUUGACUGUGACUCCUCGACCACCCUGGACCAGAUAGCCUCCUUGAGGACCUUUCAGGAGGAGAAGGACAGAGUGCUGGACAUGGAUACUGUGGAUUGUCUCUCGAGAACAAUUAGCUUUGAAAGCAGCCCAAUUCCGGAUAGGAUUGGAAGCGCAGAGACAUAUAGCAGUGGUGUACGCUCGGCAACCCCCUACGCUUCAAAACCGUAAGUUCAUUUCGUUUGAUCAAUCCUGUGACAGCCUAUGCUUUUCUCAUUCUUACUUUAAUCUAAAAUGUGAAAGUUGAAAACAAGUCCUAGUCCUAGAUCAAUGAAAGUGAUCUGUAUAAACCCAAUGUUGUUGUUCAUUGUCUAUUGUAGAUCCCUUACAUCUAUUGACGCACAUUGGGCUGAAAACGAGGUGGAGGUCAAGGUGCUCGAUAUUGACUUCGCUUCAUUCACCCUGGACCGGAUUUCCUUCUCCAGUACUGUUCAGGAGGAGAAUGACAGCGUGACGGACAUGGACAAGGUGGAUUGUCGCUCCCUGUCGAGAACAGUUCGCUUUGAAACCAGCCCAAUUCCGGAGAGGAGUGGAAGCGUGAAGACGUAUUGCAGUAGUGUACGGUCACCCACCCCCUACCAGUCAAGAUUGUAUGUUCAUUUUGUUUGGCUACGUUAUUCAUUUCAUUCUCAUUAUUGUAAGAGUUGAAAACAGGUCCUAAACACGUCUAUGGCAUCACUUAUCUGAUAGUCACACAUUUUCACAUUUGUGUUUUUUCACCUUUGUGUGUAAAUUAUUACUAUUUUAAUAUUAAUAGUACUAUUCUUAGAAUUUUUAUUAAUAGAUUUUAGCUUGAAAAUGUGUUUAGUUACUAAAAAUGGUAUUUAUCCAUUGUUUAACCCCUUUACACUCGUGGGAAUUGGCCUAUAUGGAUAGGGCGAAAUUGAAAUUUCUUACUGAAGAAAUAUGGAAAGCAUAUGCAUAACCAUGGUAACAAUUCAAAGGGAACAGUUUUGAGAUUAUGGGGAAAUUAUUAGACUAAAGGUGACGACAUAACAGUUCACCUGACACAAGACUGAAUCCAAACAUUAUACUGUUGAUAUUAUGUGCAUUUUACAUUUACUGUAGGCAACUUUUUGCUGCAUUUGUUGAUAAAGAAAUCUUACAUUCAGGAACAUGAUACGAAUAUUCUUAGAAAAUUUGGGGUAGGUGCAACAUAAGACAAAAAAAGGACAAUGGUUCGAGUGAGCGGUCUAACUGGUGUUUCCAAGUGGCCACACACCUCUCCAAAGUGUGCUCAGUUCCUAAGUCAUUUCAAUGCACUUUUAUGACUCAAAGAAGAGUCUUCAGCUAUAAGGUGCUUUUUUGAGCUCUCCAAGGCUGUGCCGUUGAAGAACUAGACCAAGCACGCUUUUAGUUGUUUUGUUUGGAACACAGCCCUGCAUCCCUGUCUUUACACAAUUACUGUUGUUGUUUACGCAAUCCAAAAAAACAGUUCAUUUUAAAUGGUACGCAGCAAACUUUCUUCACAAUACAACAAACAUUUGGAAUGAAACUCUUUGUAUGUUCCCAACGAUGUUCUUCAUUGUCAAUUGCAGAUCCCUUACCUCCACAGAGGCACAUGAUGAUGUUGCACACAGCUCAGACAGCACACAAGCGAGCCUCCGAAUCCUGAUGGACCCUCUGGAGGAGCUUUUUGGUAUCUCUCAGGAUAUGAUAUACACAGAUGUCCAGGAUAGAGUGAUUGAAAUGCUGCAGGACAUCUACUCGGCGGCUAACCAACUAGAGCAACAGCUAUUCCAGAGUGUCUCUGACAGGCAAGCCAGAGCCAUUGUAAAGGCGGUAGUGCAGCAGAUCAAUGCUGCCCUGUCACAGGCUCUCCAACAAACCUGCUCGGGAUCACAAUUACUUACUAUAGUGGGAUCUGCCAAGCUCUAUAGCAAAGAUGGGUCGGCAGGGGUUGAGGGUCAAGGAGUUCCUUUGAUCACCCCCUCAGCAGAGGGAGACAUGGAUAGCAUCGAGGAAGGAAGUAGACCGUUGAAACAUAGUUUUAACAGCUUCGUUCGUGUUUUGUCAGCAAAAAUGAGGAGGAUCUCCAAAGGGAUCAAACAGAGCAGCAAGAGUGCACAACAAGAGCACAGGCUAGUUGUUGAACUGCCAGUAUCAUCUGACAAGGGUACAGAGCAAGAGGAAACUGGAUCUAGUACAGUUUCAGUACCCUCUAGGGAGGAGAUCACCGAGGUCAGUGAAGUUCUUCAGUCGGAAUCUGAUGAUUCUCUACUUCCUACCAUCGGGGCAAUGCUGUUCCACGUUGGAUCCAUGCCUCAUACAGAGGAUUCAGUGGAGCUAUACAGCAGGGUCCCAUCAAAGUUGACACCAGAAAGUAUGGUGCAGGAAGAACGUGUUGAUGAAGGCUUGUCUAAGGCUUGUUCCAGGACAACUUCUUCAACCAGCACCACUUUAAGCAUGGACGACAUCCAGAAGACUGUUGCUACUAUGACCACUUCUGGAAGUGACAUGGGUAGAAGCAUUAUCACUACCCCAGAAAUGCCAGAGCAGAGUCUGCACCACCAGGGAAGUGGACUGGACAGCCCUGUCUCCUCAGAGAGAAGAGUGGCUGAAAGUGGCAAAAACAGCCCUGCAACUUGGUCAGACACAGAGGGAUUAAGUUCUGCAAAAAAGGCUGUUUCGGAGUUAAUGGAGAGGAUUGUGCUCAGCCGUGAGGAUGCAGCGUCAGCAGAGAAAAGCCUGGAUAUCCUCCUCUCCUCUGGCAUUCUCCGUCCUCACACUGACAAGUUAGUCGACCAGCUGCACAGCCUUUUGAUGGUGAACAGCACACUUACAGCACAAUCUCUGUCUGGCAGGUCAAAAUCAGAAUCUGCUCUGCCUAAGUCCAGAAUGACAGGGGAACUCCAAAGGGAGAUCUCAAGGAAGGGUUUGCUGGAGAUAGCAUAUACUAUCACCGAGAGAUCUAUAAAGACCCUUUUGGAGCAGUUGCUCACUGCCCUCCUCCCUCCUUCUGCAGUGGUUGAGGUUGCCAGGUCAUGCCAGAACAUCAGACCAGUCACUCCCUCUCAGGUGAUGAGUUCUGAAGUUAGCCCAGGGUGCUGCAACCCUCUUUCAAUGAUUUGCCGUGUGAUCAUAGAUGUCUUUACGAUCACAAGACAGGUGGUUGAGACAGCCAGUGAAGUGGAUAUGUCUCCCCCCGGAAAAUACAUUGAUGGAAGGCUUUGUAGCAACACAGCACCACUGCCCACUGAUUCAACCCCACCUGUCCCCCCGACCAACCGCGAGACCGACAGAUCUUUGGCUACCAAACCAACAAACAAAGUCAAGAGCUUGACAUUCUCAUUUCCUAAGCUUCCAAAGAUCAGUCUCAAAAAGGUAAAACCCAGUCUUCAUUAUUUAGGGCAAGGCAUUGAGAUCAACUUGUACAGUAAAUGUAUUGGUAUUUUGACUGCAAUCAAAAAUAAAUGUUAAGCUUGUUUGACAUUCUUCUUUGAAUUCUUCUUUCCUCACAUUUAAACCAUCAGAGCAAGAAAGUCAACAAAGUGGAUAUCGCUCCCUUUGAGACCACCAAGGAUCCUGUUGAUGUCGACUAUAAUAGUAUGUAGCUAAUAGAUUACUAACUUUGCUUUCAAAAGCAUACAGGUAGUGCCGUGCAUGAUCAGUAUUUGCUGUUAUCUCUUUUCUAACACCACAUCCUUUGUUCCACAGUAUUCUGCACUACUCCAACACCAGAGAAUGCACCACGACAAGAGGAAGAUCUUGCCUCCUGCUCCUCACAGAGGAAGGAGAGGCCAAAGAACCAAUUCUUUUUAAUCAAGGUAUACUCUGCCAUGACUAGGCCUGACAACAGCAAGCAUCAGUAGAAAUGUCCUUUUGGUUAUUUGGCAACACCACCAGAGGACCAUCUUUUCUCCUACUCCACAAUGAGGAAGGAGAGGCUCAAGAAGCAUUCCUUUUCACUGCCAUAACCAAUCAUUUCAACUCAGUCCUAUUGACAUCCCACUGGGCAAAAACUGGUUGAAUCAACGUCGCUUCCACAUCAUUUCAACCCCCCCAAAGAUCUAUGUGAUGACGUUGAAUCAACGUGGAGAACUGAUUGUAUUUGCUACAAGUCAUCAACGUAAGGGCAUUUCCUCUUUUUUUCACCCAACUUUUAAUCUAAAUCCAAUGACAUGGUGACUUUUUUUUUUUACGUUGAAGUCCCAUUAGUUGACAACUCAACCAAAUGUAGAUCAAAACUAGACGUUGAACUGACGUCUGUGCCCAGUGGUAUUUGCUGUUGUCAGUCUUCUACACUGAUUUCGCAGCUACAUCAGAGGACCAUCUUGCCUCCUACUCCCCAACAAGGAAGGAGAGGCCCAAGAAUUGUUCCUUUUUUUUUAACCAGGCCUUUCAACUCUUUCAAAACUCAUUUAAAAACUCUCCUUUCACCUAUUAAUCUCCUUCACGAAGCUUCCAAAGAUAUAUCUCAACAAAAAGGUAAGUGGAUCUCACUCCCCUUCCGACCAUCCAGAGUGAGACCACCAAGGGUCCUGCUUAUACCCUUCGGACCAUCCAGGGUGAGACCACCAAGGAUCCUCCAGAUGCCCUUUUGACCAUCCAGGGUGAAACCACCGAGGAUCCUGCUGAUGCCCCUCCAACCAUCCAGAGUGAGUCCACCGAGGAUCCUGCUGAUGCCCUUCUGACCAUCCAGAGUGAGACAUAAAACAUACAGGUAGUGCUGUGCAUGAUCAAUAUUUGUUAUUAUCUAUUUUUUAACACCACAUCCUCUUGUCUUGUUCACAGUGUUCUACACCACCACCAGAGGAAGAACUUGCGUCCUGCUCCCAAAUGAGGCAGGCGAGGCCCAUGAAACGUCCUUUCACUUCCUUCAAUAAUAAACUGCCCCUUCCUGCAUUCAUGAGUCUUUUAGUGAAAUUUAUAUUUUUUAAAAUUAGAGUGGAGAGAUCGACAAACAAGAAAAUUAAUGGGCAUUCAAAGUUCAAAAUAAAUCCUUCAUGACAUUCUGUGAGUCUCACUCCAGUGGUAGAGUUCAAACCAGACUAUGUAGGGUAGAGUUCAAAACAGACUAUGUAGGGUAGAGUUCAAAACUGACUAUGUAGGCCUGGCUGCCAAGCCUGUAAAUCCUAUUCUAGUCUAUUCUCCCCUUUGGACUCAAAUAUUGAUAAAGUCCCUGGCAGUCAGGUUGAUGUGUGACACAAAUGGUCUGACAAGAAUAUUGGCUAUGAGUAGUACACCACUGCAAACCAUGAGGCAAGCUGACCAUAAAUAAAUAGGACAUUUAUCAACAUUGUUACCGUUUCAAAGGCUUUCCAUAAUAUACUGUGAUAGACUUCAGCCAGUAGGCCAGCCGCGUAGUCAUCAUUUGAAUCACCGACACUUCUAGCCAGGGAACUGAGCUUGCUGAACUCCUCUUGUAGUUCAUGCUUAAUCAUACCAGCUGCAGCUUUACUCAGGUAGUUCGCUUGUCUGGUGAAAGCAGAUUUGGCUAAGGUCCGCUCUUGCUUCAGUUGCUUGACUGUUUUCCCAAAAGUUUCCUUGGCCAUGGUGUAGAGUUUCACAGGCAAUUCUUCCUUCGCGUCGACAGCUUGACUUCAGCCCUUUGAUCCUCGUCCUCACUGCCGCGCUGGUUAUCAACUGUCAAGUUCUGCGUGAUUUCUGGCUGACCACUGCUCUGCCCAAACUUGAAAACGGCUUUAUCCUUGAUGAACGCAAAGGACAACUCAAAACUGUUCACUUUAUGAUUUUUUAUUGUCAUAAAGAUGGAACAGAAUAGCUUGAUAACCUUCAAAACCACACAAACAAAAAACCAUGGAUUAGUUACAAAUAACUCUCAAUUCCACUUUCUCAAAAAUAAGCAUAAACUAAUGUUACUGAAUCCUCAAACCUAACCAAACAAUCAUUUCAUCAUUUAGAUUAACCUAGGAUCAUUGCAAGUUAAUAAUUAAAUAUCAAUAUCAUAAUUAAACAUUUAACAAUACACAUGAUUAUAGUAACGUUACUGUCAAGUUCUACGUUCACAUAAUGAAGUCUUCACUAUUUAAUUUAAUUAAUAAUUGUAUUGUAUGUUACAACCAAACCAAAAGGGCAUAUAGAAGCAUGAAUUCACAACACAUUCUGUCCUACCAGUUGCGUCUUUGGAUGAUCAGGAGCUGUGGUCAUUGGUAUCUCUUCUCAGGAAUGAGUGAGAGCCAAGUAAGCUUUUACCAAACAUUUCGAUGCCAUGCACAUGCACUGCUUGUGGGUGCGCAGGUUAAUAUGGUCCCCAGUGCAUGGUUGCCCCCUGCAGGUUGGGAGUGCUUUGAGCACCCUGGGUGGAUUUAGGCUUGAGUGCUCGGUAUAGCUUGUAGUCAGGAAUUGACACAACAAUUACUGAUGGUGCAAUCUUCUAUCCACCCAUUGGCUAAUAUACAGUAGCUAAAUAUAUCAUAUAAACACACUCUAAAGCCUGUUUCCCAUUAGAAUGUGUCUCCUUGAUCAGAGUCCAGUGGGAGUCAUGGGACUGGAGCACGAAGUCUCAAUGUGUUAGGGGAAAUCAGGAGAUAUGUGUUAGCACUUAGCAGAGUGUAACACACACCCAUCUCACUUUCUCGCAUGUGUAAUGCACUUGAUCCAUAUUCAAGAGUUGAUCAAAUAGUCCAGGUAGUCGGUUCCACAGAAUCUUUAUAUUGAAUGUCUAACGGAUGAAGCAACUUGUGAUAUAAACAUAGGUAUGUCGAAUCUGGCACUCAUAAAUGGUGGCAUAUUGGAACCCUCAAUUGAAUGUCUCAUCUGUAGAUACUAUCCCCUUAUGUUGUUUCUUCCCUCCUCUUAAAUUACCUUAAAAGUAAUUGUAUUUCUUUAUGAUUGGGGUAGCAAUUAUUAAUUGUGUCAAAAUGUUGCCGUGAGCAAUUUGUUCUCUCAUCAAAUGUCUGCGAUCAGUCUCAUUUUGAAGGGAAUUUCUUCAGCUAUAUAAUAAUAAUAAUAUAAUAUGCCAUUUAGCAGACGCUUUUAUCCAAAGCGACUUACAGUCAUGCGUGCAUACAUUUUUUGUGUAUGGGUGGUCCCGGGGAUCGAACCCACUACCUUGGCGUUACAAGCGCCGUGCUCUACCAGCUGAGCUACAGAGGACCAUAUGACUCAUGAAAUGUUGUUGUCAGCUACAUGAAUCAAAAGUAAACAUGACCAUUGACUUCAUCUCUAUGCAUUCUACUUUUUAUUAUGCAUUAUCUUUAGUCAUUCUGUAUAUUUAUGAAAAACAAUUUGCCAGGAGUAUCAGAAACCAACACACAAACAUAAAAAAUAAAAUUCAUGGAGGCCGAGAUGCAAAAAUAUUAUUAAUUUAAAUCCAUACUCAAAAUAAUGGAAAUAGUGUCACGUUUGUAUUAUUUUGAGUAUGGAAUUAAAUUAGAAAUAUUUGGCAAUGCUUUGAAUUGGGCAGCCUAAACGCGCCACCAUUCGCGGCCUUUGCAGUUCAAGACCUCUUUGUACAACCAAUCACAUUUUAGACACCCUCUCGUCCAAUCGGAUGACGCGAUGUUGGAGUGUGUAGUUGUGUUGUUUUUAUUUAGGAAGUGAGCGAAUCAGUGAACUGUCAAGCGGUAAAAUAUUUUUAUGAACCUUUCCUUUUAAAAGAGCACCGCAUAUUUUCCAGAGUAUCACAGUAGCUAACUAACAAUAACCCUAGCAACCUGUUGAUUGAUGUAAGCAGGCUAACGUUAGCUAGCUAGCGUGUGCGAAUGACAGCCACCAAUGUUUAACAACGAGAAGGAUCUUUUAAUGUGGCCACUUUAACCUCUUAAGGAUCGGACCCUUUUUUUCCCCAAUUUUCGCCUAAAAUGACAUACCCAAAUCUGACGCAGCGCAGCGGAGCUAGAUUUUGUUUUUGCACCACCCUGUCACUCAAUCAUGAACUUUUUUUAUUUUUAUACAGGGAUCAUAAAACUGAGGGGGCUAAGCCCUUUGUUUCAGGACAAAAAGUUAAUUUCUUUGCCACAUUUUUUGAAGUUUUACUUUUGUGCCUUAUUGCAAACAGGAUGCAUGUUUUGGAAUAUUUUUAUUCUGUACAGGCUUCUUUCUUUUCACUCUGUCGUUUAGGUUAGUAUUGCAGAGUAGCUACAAUGUUGUUGAUCCAUCCUCAGUUUUCUCCUAACACAGCCAUUAAACUCUGUAACUGUUUUAAAGUCACCAUUGUUCUCAUGGUGAAAUCCCUGAGAGGUUUCCUUCCUCUCCGGCAAGUGAGCUAGGAAGGAUGCCUAUAUCGUUGUAGUGACUGGCUGCAUUGAUACACCAUCCAAAGUGUAAUUAAUAACUUCACCAUGCUCCAAGGGAUAUUCAAUGUCAUUUUAUUUAUUUAUUACCCAUCUACCAAUAGGUGCCCUUCUUUGCAAGGAUUGGAAAACCUCCCUGGUCUUUGUGUUUGAAAUUCACUGCUCAACUGAGGGACCUUACAGAUAAUUGUAUGUGUGGGGAACUCAGAUGAGGUAGUCAUUCAAAAAUCAUGUUAAACACUAUUAUUGCACACAGAGUCCAUGCAACUUAUUAUGUGAGUUGUUAAGCACAUUUUUACUCCUGAACUUAACAAAGGUGUUGAAUACUUAUUGACUAAAGACAUUUCAGCUUUUAAUUUUUAAUUCAUUUGUAGAAAAUUUGAAAAACAAUUCCAUUUGGACAUUAUGGGGCUGCAUUGUGUUUAGGCCAGUGACACAAAAUCUCAAUUUAAUAGAUGUUUAAUUCAGGCUGUAACACAACAAAAUGUGGAAAAAGUCAAUGGCUGAAGGCACUGUAUGUAGUAGCUCAACAAAAGUUUUUUGUCACAUACACCGUAUGUGAAAUAUGUUGUUUUACAGGGUCAGAGGAUCUUCCUCUUCCUUUACACCCAUUCCCUCCCCCCCUCAUCUUUCCAUCUCCCUUCUCUUCCUCUCUCCCUCAUCUUUCCGUCUCCCUUCUCUCCCUUAUCUUUCUAUCUCCCUUCUCCCCCUUCUCUCCCUCAUCUUUCCAUCUCCCUUCUCUUCCUCUCUCCCUCAUCUUUCCAUCUCCCUUCUCUCCCUCAUCUUACCGUCUCCCUUCUCCCCCUUCUCUCCCUCAUCUUUCCGUCUCCCCUUCUCUCCCUCUACACCCUUCACACCUCUCCCUUUCUCUCCCCCUUUUCUCUAGCUUUCACCUCAUGCAUAUCAACUGCAUGUAGUGUAGUCUACAAACCUCAGUCUUAACAGUUACUACUGUAACAGUCUUGAGCUUUGCAUGGAAUAAAUCAUAUCAAAUGUCUUACCAUUAUCAUACAUUAGGUCAUUGAUCAAGGAUGUAUAAAAGGAUGUGCAGUAUGGCAAGGAGAAAUUACAGUAACAUGUAUGUUUGACAUAAAUACAUAACAUAUUGCAUAUAACAUGAGCGUUUAUGAUUACAUGAACAUGUUUGUUUCUGUGUGUCAUGUGAGGCAGCUGGAGACAGCACUGUCCUGUAGAGAUGAGCUGAGGUCCUACCUACAGCAGAAUGGGAGCAGUACCAGAGACAGCUGGACGUCAAGAGCCAAGAGGUGUGUGUGUUUUUGCAGUGCUGCGUGUAGGUACCUCCCUGUUGCUUAUACCGCAUUGUGACUGUCUGACAGUCUCCGCUACCAUGCUUGUGUGUGUUUGCUUGUGACUGUUUGUUUGUUUGUUUGUUUGUUUGUUUGUGUGUGUAUCACUUUGUGUUUCUGUCUGUCUGUCUCUCUGUGUAUGUGUGUGAGAACCAAUGUCUGUGUGUGUGUGUGUAACCCCCUGUACCUCUCUACUCCGUCCCCAGCUGUCGUUGCUGCAGGAGGAGUUGCGUAGCAGCACUCUGGUGUGUAGUCACUCCAGUGAGCAGUGUCCAGCUCCAGUACUCCCUGCAGCAGCAGCAGAACAUGUUACAGGAGAGCAGCACCUGCUGGCCGAGCUGGAGGACAGCCAGAGCCAGCUACAGGGAGAGGUAGAGAAACCUACUGGAGAGACUGAGGCA